AUGCGUAUUAGUAGGACCCUUGUGGCGGUUCCAUUAGUAAUGGGACUAGCAACGUCAGUAAGCGUUGGGGACAGUCAAUUGCAAGACAAUGCACACUUGGGUCGACAAUUGAGUGUUUCCGACAAACGUGCAAUGGAUAUGGAUGGGCCGGUCGUUACUGAACAUGGUGGACAUCAUCAUGACUCUUCAGAACACGCUGAGGAUGAGAAUGGCAAUUUAAUUCCAAAGGCUCAUUCUGGCGGCCAUCACCAUGGAAUGCCUAUCCUUGAGAUGGACUUGACUCCUGAAGAAAGACUUUAUUGGACAAAUUACUCCACUGUUACCUACUUCAACACACCUUCUCUGAGUAGAAACUCACUCUACUUGCACAUUGUAUCAUACGUGGGAACGUUUUUGUUUUUAUAUCCUUUUGUUCUUGUUCUCUGGAACGUUGGCCAUUCAUGGUACUUUCCGUUAUUGACAGUGCAUUCUGCACUUGCUUUGGUGUCGGCAAUUUCCUUCUUUGUUUUUGAGAGUUCUAUUGACGACAUUUUCCCAAAGAAUGCGUUUUCUACCAUGACCACCAUACUAUUUAUAGGCACAAUUUGUCAUUGGGCCCUUGCACUCAUUGCUUCUGCUUAUUCAUACCUCAGCCUCAGUAGUGGCAAUGAAUACUCCGAGUUGGACGAAGACCGCGACUCCAUCGACUCUCCUAGCUCGACACUCCGCGGAUCAACCUCCAGCUCUGACAUUUUCGAGUUGGACGAUCUCUCUCGUGAUGACAGCCAUAUGGAAACAUCAAAUGACGCCAUGCGGACUAUUCCGUCUUCACGUUUAUCCCAAGUCUUUCUCAGCAACUCGUCAUUCAAAGCACUUACCCAAAAAUGUGGCCGCACCGCUUCGACCUUGACCUCAAUCGUAAAUUGGGCCGCCUUCGCCUAUUUCUUUGUGUAUCUCGGAACCGGAGUAGCUACUUACUCUCUUUAUGGACAGGGUAAGGGUAUGUUUAAUUUAUUGGCGCACUUCAUCAAAGGAGGUGUGUUUUUUGUCCUUGGCCUCGUCACUUUGGCUCGUUAUUGUGGAGCUUUCAGACAGAAGGGCUGGGCCUGGAAUCAUGUUUUCGUCACAGCUGGCAGACAAUCCUCGGCAUUGUCGCGCUGGUUCUCAGUCGGAACCUGGACCAUGGAAAUGGUCGAAAGUGCCUUAAUUUUAUUUUAUGGCUCAACUAAUAUCUUCCUUGAACACUUGUCGAAUCCAGGUGGAGAAUGGUCUGCAAAAGAUUUGCAACAUGUUUCAAUUGCCUUCAUAUUUAUUGGCUGUGGUCUUUGUGGUGUGUUGCUUGAGCGUAAGUUGGCCGAUUGGAGACUACAAAGAGCUGUAGAAACAUUGCGGCAAGUUGCUGAUGAGAAGAUGGUUUCAGCUGUACAAAAUGCUAAUCCGGGAUUCUCUCCAAAUCCAUUUCCCCUUGUUACUAUCUUCUGGAUGGGAUACCUCAUGUCACAGCACGAUCAAGAGUCGCAAUUGGCCACAGAUAUUCACAAACAGUGGGGAAAUAUGUUCGUGUACGCAUGUGCAUUCCGUAUCAUCACAUAUCUCUUCUUUUUGCUUGCUCCAGUAAACAAAAAUUCCAUUACCAAGCCUCAAAUGCCAAUGUCAGAAUUGGUAGUGGCAUUCGGUCUCAUCGCUGGAGGCCUCAUUUUCAUGGAGUCGUGCUCUCCUAUCGUUCACUCGAUGGAAUAUUACGGCUAUACCCCAAUGUUUUCAUUGAAUCUUACGCUAGGUGUGGUCACUUUGAUCAUGGCUUGGGAAAUGACAAUUUUCACCUUCAAAGACCACGUUAUGAAGCGUGGCCGGUUCACCUCGUCGGCUUGA